GUCAAACAUCAACAAAAUAGGAGAGAGGCUCCACUUCUAUAAAAUUACGUCACAUCAGUUACCUAUUAAAUGAACUUACGUUGAUGUUUAUUUUAGCUUUCUGUUAAAUGGUGCGGUGGAGCAUUUGUAUUUCGAUAAUAAAUAGUGAAUAAUUUCUUAAUUCGAAUACAUCAAGAACUUAGAGCUAUGUUAUCUUUAUGUAAACAGAACUUGUCUUCAAGUUUUCAAAGAAUUGGUGCCAGAUGUGUAGCUUCUGUAGUACCAGAAAUCAAAGUGAACGAUACUGGUGUAUCAAAUGAACCAAUUUUACAGUAUCUGAAGGGAUCGAAAGAACGAACUGAAUUAGAAACAGCCCUGAAAAAUAGUUAUGCUCAAACUGAAGAUGUUCCUAUUGUCAUUGGAGACAAAGAAUAUCAAACAAAAGAUGUCAGAUAUCAGGUAAUGCCACAUGACCAUAAAAAGAAAUUGGCCAAAUUUUACUACGCCGACAAAAAUCUUCUCCAAAAAGCAAUUGAAACUGCUAGUACAACUCAAAAGAAAUGGGAUUCAGUACCAAUACCAGAAAGAUUAAAAAUUUGGGAGAAGGCAGCAAAUAUGAUGGCUAAUGAAUACAGAGCUAAAUUGAAUGCUGCGACGAUCUUAGGACAGGGUAAAACAAUAAUUCAGGCAGAAAUUGACGCAGCCGCAGAACUGAUAGAUUUUUUUAGGCUUAACGCUUAUUUUUUAAAAGAAGCAAUUAAAUAUCAACCUAUAUCAGAAAAUCCUAUGGUUACUAAAAAUUCAAUGAGGUACAGAGGUAUUGAUGGUUUUAUAGCUGCUGUAUCGCCAUUUAAUUUCACGGCAAUAGGAGGAAAUUUGGCAUAUACACCAGCACUCAUGGGCAAUGCAGUUUUGUGGAAACCUAGCGACACUGCCUUACUUUCAAAUUGGUUAAUAUUCAAAAUAUGUAGAGAAGCCGGAGUACCACCAGGUGUUGUUAACUUUGUUCCAGCGGACGGUCCUGUGUUCGGAGACACAAUUACUGCCUCUCCUCAUCUGGCAGGCAUCAAUUUCACAGGGAGUGUGCCAACGUUCACAAGAUUGUGGAGGCAAGUCGGGGAAAAUAUAAGUAUUUAUAAAAAUUUCCCAAGGCUGAUCGGAGAGUGUGGAGGUAAAAACUAUCAUUUUGUGCAUCCUUCAGCAGAUAUACAAACUGUUAUUAAUGGUACAAUACGAAGUGCUUUCGAAUACUGUGGACAGAAAUGUAGCGCCUGUUCCAGAAUGUAUGUACCGGAAUCGCUUUGGCCAAAAAUUAAAGAAGGGCUUAUAACUAAACGGAAUCAAUUGAAAGUAGGAGAUCCGACAGACGCAACUAACUUCACUUCGGCAGUUAUUGACGAUAAAGCCUUCAAAAGAAUUAAAGGCUACAUUGAACAUGCUAAAAACUCAUCUGAUUUACAAAUUUUAGCAGGAGGUAAAUGCGAUGACAGCGUUGGCUAUUUCGUUGAACCUACGAUUGUCGAAACCAAAAAUCCCAAGGAUAAAAUAAUGGUGGAAGAAAUAUUCGGCCCUGUUCUCACAAUUUAUGUUUAUAAAGAUGAUAAAUUGAAAGAUACUCUAGAUAUGGUUGGGUCUACGACGUCAUUUGCUCUUACUGGAGCUAUCUUUGCUCAAGAUGAGGCGUUCCUAAGAAGAGCCGUUGAAGAAUUGAAAAUGACUGCCGGUAAUUUCUAUGUUAAUGAUAAAUCUACUGGUAGUGUUGUUGGCCAACAACCUUUUGGUGGUGCUAGAUUAUCAGGUACAAAUGAUAAAGCUGGAGGCCCUCACUAUAUUUUAAGAUGGGGAAAUCCUCAAUCCAUUAAAGAAACAUUCGUUCCUUUAACAGAUGUUGAAUAUCCAUAUAUGAAGCAAUAAUUUUAUGUUUUUAUUCAAUAACUUUAUUUUAGGUUCCAAAUUAGUUAGCGUAUUCAUUUUAUUGUGAUAAAAUAUUGAAUGUCGGAUUUUUUUUUGUUAUUCAUAUACAGUGAUGUCGUAAAUAAUUCAUUUUUUACAUACUUACGAAUUUAAUUGAAAAAUCUUGAAAUCGAUCGAUAUUUGCAUACAUUUUUUAUAUGUUUAAGAAAGUGUACAUCUGGUCGAAGGUGACCAACUAGCAACAUUUACUUGAUACUUACACAAGGUCUAGGGGUUUUGAAAUCUUCAGUCUCUUCUUUGGAUCAUAUUGAUCAAAGAGCGAGAAUAUUUUGAUUUUUUCUUUAAUAUGGAGUUCUUUUGAAAUCUCUAGAUAAAUCUUGUGUUGGUUUCUCUAGUACAACCCCAAACCUGUAGUACAUAUGUCCAAAUAAGCUUUGGAGUCUAUUUGUAUAUAAUGUAUUUUAUUUUUAUUAUUUUACAAUAGUAAACAUUUACAAUGAUGAGUCUUAAAGUUAGUAUGUGCUAUGUUCGCGUUAUGACUUUCCCAAAAGAAUACAGUUUGAAAAAGGUGACUCCAUAGAGCGAGUUGGUCUUAAUGAUACCAGAUAGCUGUCGAUAUGGUCUAUUUUUUUUAAAGAGUUUAUGCUGAGUGUGGAAAUUACCUCUUCCGAGAUACACAACAAUUUAUCCAACUUUCUGGAAUGAGCCCUCAAAGCAUUCAUAAACCGGUUUUGAGAAUCGUGAGCUGUGGUUUUUGAAGUCUGAUUUUAUAUUGCGAAAUUUCUGAGCAGUUUUACAUUUUAGGACUUUUAAUGACAUUUGGAAUUGAUACAUUAAAUUCUUAUGCUCUAUUCGUUGAAGUGAUUGGCGGCUCGUUUCAAUUUUUGUUCUUGUUGCAAAGACAGUCAUCUACAUAUAUGGCGAUUUUUAUAUUAUCUAUAUCUGGUAUAUCAUAUGUAUGUAGUAGACUUACAUGAACCAGCACCCACCUUUUUGGCAUAUCUGCUAUUAUUUGAUUCCAGAUUUUUCAGAUUCUUCUAUAAAUAAUUUGUUCCAUUUUGUUAUAAGUCCCCCAAAUCAUACAUUUUCAAACACCUGGGAUAUGCAUAAGAAUAGUGUAUACUUAUUUAUCUUCAUAGACUUGUCUAUCACUGGACACUUGGUCUAUUCUUAAAGGUGUUUCAUAGAAUUUAAACUAGAGGUCUUUUGGAUUAUAUUUCCUUACAUAAUAAUCUAUUAUUAUAUAUAGUGUUUUGAUAUCUCAAACACAAAAUGAUUUUUUAGGUAGUUUUUGAUUAUUGCUCCUUCGAUUAGGUCGUAUCCAUGCAAUUUUUUUGUAUAUGUUGAAUUUAACGAUUUAAACGACAACUUUUAGGAGAAUAACUAAUGAUUAAUUUUUCUUCUUCAGCUGUUUGUCUACUUAAUAACGUUCCUUUAGUUUAUUUUUUGAGUUAUUAUUGUUUGCUCAACCUUCCACUCCAUUCCUAAAGUUUUAGUUGCUUCCCAGAGUAAAUAAAUGUUAUGUAUUCUUUUUGUCUAUAAAUUCUUGUAGCUUAACUUUUCUUAAAUUCUAACUUUUCAAAAAGUUUAAUUUCACAUUCAAAAGUUGAUGUAUUUCAGGAUUUCUCAUCUGUAAUUAUAAAGAAACAAAUUGGUGCCUUUUCUAAUUAUAUCAAUGCUCCAAUCAAUAUCACUAUUUGUAAUUUUCCGAUCAUUUUUCAUUAGAUAUCCUUAAAAUACAAUAUUUCACAUAGUUUAUCUAAUAACUAAUAAUUUGACUAGUCCCAGAAAGUAUUAAAUGCUUAAAGCUAAAAAUUAUAAUCUAUUCUUGUAGAUAUAUGUUUUAUCUUAUUUAUAAUUUAAAAUACAAAACAAACUAAGUAGAUUAAAUAUCAAAAACAGCAUUUUUAUAUACACAAUCUACGUGUUUUUCAAAUAAUACUACCAAUAUCUAGGAACUAAAAGUAAGACGGCAUCGCUAAUAUUAUAAAGAGAUUUUAUGUUAAGUUUGCAAUUUGGACAUUUGAUAGUGAGAAUUACAGGCAUUGAACUAAAUCUCAAAAUCCAUAUUAUAAAUAAAAUCAUUGCUUGUAUCAAAGAAAAUUACAUUCUAAAUGUUGGUAGCUAUGAAGCAUCUGUGUUAUGAGAUUAUCCAAAACAGAAUAUUGUCGUAGAAGUUGUUUUGUAGUUGUACUGUUUGUCGUUUUUCAUUUGUAUUUUAUAAUUUCUGUUUAAGAUAUAAUCAGUUAUUUUCUCAACAAUUGUUACAAGAUUAUCAAAUAUUGUGAAAUACCCAAUCCUUCAUUAAGUAAUUGCAAGAAAAUGAUAACAUAUCAAUGGGUACAUUCCACAAUGCUCUCGACCACCUACAUUCCUAUUCUACGAAUUAAAGGCGUUGUAGUUUGAAUACGCUAUAAUCUUACAUUGAAAUUUCUUGUUGAACACGUUGAGUUUAUUUUGCAUGCACUGUUGAUGCUAUUUUGUCAAAACUGACAAUUAUGGUAGAUCUGCUGUCUGAGCAGAUUGGGAUUACUAUGCUUCUAUGGCGUCAAUUGAGUAUCGCAAUACUUUAGAUUCAGACGGUAACAUGUUCCACUUAUUUUGGGGUGUUCUCUACAGAAGUCUAUUCCAGCCAAGCCAUUUAUUAUGGAGCCGUCUGUGUACAAAUUGAAUUGUAAUAAGUGUCUUGUCUUGUUCUAUUAUUUGAAUUUUCGCUACAGUGAAGUUAUAUAUAACAUCGAACGAUAAUUCGCAACGACCUUGGGAUUAGGUGUAUGGAUAGUAUCAUACAAUGGUAUUAAAUGGAAUGUAGCCAUUUUGACACCUUGGACUACUAAUUCCAAUUACUUUCGGAAAAGACACUUCAUAUUUCAAUGUUUUAAAUCAAUUUUAUGCCUAGAAAAUAAUCACAAAGUGGCAAUGAUGUAAUAUAUCUAUAAUAUGUCUUUGUAAACUUAUCAUAAAAGCAUCUGUUAUAUCUCAUGUUAUUCUUUAUAUUGUAUAACUGUUUUUUGUUCAAUUUUUGAAACAAAGAUUUUUAAAUUGUAGCAAUAAAUUUUAUUUGCA